AUGGCCUUCAUCGUCGUCCCACCAGCUACUCACCACUCGCGCAAACCCUCUAUCAGACAAUCAGCUCGCCGGCGACGCGCAAUAACAGCACCGCACGAGCUGCUGGGGCCUGCAACACUGCCAGCGGCAUCACCAGUAUCACUCUGGACACCGAUCCAGCCUACAACCUCUGCAAUCACCCCACAGACGGGGCUCGGAGGCUUCGUGCUGUGGAUCAUGACCCUUAUUUUGGCAAUGGUGAUUGUGGUCGCACCGCAUGCGAUUGCUCUCAUUCUCAGGUCAUUGGCGCACCCAAAGGCCAUCAAGGCUACUGUGAAUGCGCUCACUAACAGCCAACCCUCAUCACCUGUAUCACGACCAAUCUCAGCAGUGCGGUCGUCCCGGAAACUGCGUCCUAGGAACUCAUCCCCUACCGCGCCACUGAGUUUCCCUUCGCGUCCUCGUUCUCGCCGCACCUCAGACGCGUCUGAGACUGAGAAUGACCACGCCCGCGAACGCAUCGUCCCGUCUGGGCGACCAGGCGCCCGCGUUCGAUUCCUCAUUCAGCCACGGCCCAUGCCAGCCCCAAUCCUGUGCCACAGCAUCUUUGGGUCGGACGAGGAGGAGCAACCCGUGAUUCAAUUCAAGCAAUCGUCCCCCAGUCCCGCGGAACGGAUGGUGGCGGUUGAUGACGAGUUGGAAGACGACUUGACCCCCGACGUGUUUGUAUGCUAG